AUGGAUCAGAAAGCGGUUGAGGAAAUGGAGUUGUACUUGGAAUACAUAGGUCAUCCCCUUGUGGAAACUCUCACGUUUUGUUCUUGGCACAACAAGAUCUACGAAUGUAAGGAUAUUUUCAAAGUGCAGAAGACGGACUUCGGUAAAUGUUUCACGUUCAAUGGGCGGGAGCAGAAUUCAACUCCCAGGUACUCGAGACACAAGGGCAGCAUGUACGGCCUCACAGUCGUAGCCAACAUCAUGCAGAACGAGUACAUUCUGGGAGCUGACAAUGACGUGGCCGGACUUAGGGUUUUACUGCAUGACCCAGAAGAAACUCGGCUGGUAGAAGGAAGAAGGUUUAAUGUGGCGCCGGGAAAAGCAACCAAAGGCUCUCUGAAACUUAAGCAGGUAAACUACCUGCCGCCGCCAUAUAAGUUACCGUUUGGGAUGGUGUGCACAAAUACUUCGGCGCCGGAGUUUCGGAAUGUGCUGACGUUGUACGAUCGCUAUGACAUCAUGGCGUGUACGUCGGAAUGUCGGUAUCACUAUAUCUACAAAGCCUGUGGAUAUUAUUUCAUGACUGAGAACAUCGCCUGGACGUGCGGCUGUCCAAUCCCGUGUAAGACGAACAUCUAUGACGCAGAGGUUUCCAUGGGUGAUUAUCCGUCCUCUGCUCUAAUGGAGCAGAUAGAAACCGUGCUCAACCUGACUUUAAGUGAGACAGAGUACCUUCGGGGGUCAGCUGGGGAUUUUCAUCGGCGCAAGUCUGUUGAGCAUAUUGGAGUUUCUUGA